AUGAAUUUCACUUUAGAGGGAAAACUUAAAAUAGAUUAAUUUUUGCAAUUACUCAAAAUCUUCUCUAAUCCUACUAUUAUAUGUGAUGAUGAAAAAAUACAAUUUUCAGAAAUACCGGAGAAUUAAAAAUUUAAUGAACUCAAUAAAUCAGAUAAACCUGCUAGUUAUGCCUAAAUAAACAAUGAUUUCUUUAAUGAAUAUUAAACAUAAAUUAGAGAAAAUCAUCUAAAAUUUGCAGAAACUAGUUGUCUAAAUAUUAAGAUGUAGCAAGAUGUUUGUUUAUUAAAUUCUUAAUUGAAUUAUGUUUGUUGUUAAGUUCCAAUUGAUAUGAUAUACAAAGCACUUAAGCCAUUAGCAAAAUCACACAUAAAGAUUUUGAAAUUGUCAUUUUCCUACUUACUUAUUGAAUAAAAUUAUGACAACAAAUAAAUUUAGUUAAAUUUUAUAGUUGGAGCCUAUUCAGAGAGAGGUUUCUUCACUAUCGUGAAACCUGUAAACAUGCUUCAAUAGAAGGAGAUAGAACUUCCAAAUUUAAAAAAUAAAGUAAUUACUAUAAAUUAGGAAAACUGCAAAACUAUAAUUCAGUAAAUGAAAACAUAUCCAAUUUCAUUAAUUUGUAAUGUCGAUGAAAUAUCCUUCUCUCCAUUAUCUGUGGAUUUAGAAUAAGUAGAUAUUUGGUCGGGUGCUUUGACAUAUUAUAAUUCAUCAUUAGUAGAAGAAGUCUACGGUAGUUUAAGUAUUUAAUCAAUUUAUACAAAAACAUAUAACCCAAUUUUGAGUUAUUGUGCAAAAGUUAAGUAAGAUUGCACAAUCUAUAUCACUCCAUCUGAAAAUGAUUCAAAAGCAGCCAUCUUAUAUUUUGUAUCUAGUUAAUCAAACAUAAUCAUCUGCAAUAGAUAAUAAGUCAUAACAAGUGAUGAAUCAAAAGAAUAGGGCAAGUUAUUUUAAAAUAUUAGCGAUGAAUUACUUGAUGAAAUAGAAUAAAUUAGUAGCCAAUUUGAGAAAAAGUUUUCUUAAAUUUAAAUAACAACUAAUGUUAAAGAUAAUUACAUCGGUAGCUAUGAUAAUUAACCUUUAAAAAUGGCUUAUUCAGCUAUUGAAGACAACAACAGUAAAAUGUAUAGUACAAUCAAUUAAAAAGAGCCUUUAUUGUUUGUCCCACCAAAAGUAACAGGAUCAAUCAAUGAUGCUAUCUUAGACUACAUGACCAGAAAUUCUUGCAAAUAGACCUCUACUACUCUAUCAAGAUAUAAAUCAAAUUUUUAGAAUUGA